GACGAAUGUAUUCUUGUGCCCUUUUUCGUGGAAAUCGAUCUGUACAAUCUUGUUCCACUCUCUGUAACUUUGCUUUGUGCGUGUCCCCGCCGCUCUCCUUCACGAGCAGAACCCUAGGUCUCGGUCGCCGGUGCUCCAAACUCAAAUCUUCGACUGAUAAUUGAUGGAUCCAAGUUUCCGUUGCCGGUUCGCCAGACGAGCGCUUAUGACAGCCGCAACCGCGGCGUUACCACGGCCUGGGUUCGAGCUGAGCAAGACCGACUCGACGAGGACAAUGCCAAGGGGAAGGUCAUAAAUAGAAAGCAAGUCAACUAAGGAAGAGGAUCAUUUUUGGUCUUGGCAUUGGAGUCUCUGUUGGAGCUAUAGCAUUGGCUGGGGGAUGGGUUUUCACGGUCUUCCUGGCUGCUGCUUUUUUUGUUGCUGCAUGUGAGUAUUUUGAAUUGGUUUGGAGUCAUGGAUUCACUUCUGGAAUGACACCUCCUCCACAAUGUGUCAUUAGUUUGCUCCAUUAUCUGCACUCUCACGCCAGUUCUUACAUUGCAAUUGGUCAGACACCACUUACUAACAUUAGCCCAAAGAAAACAUGAGAGGGAACUUUUGUUGGUUUGGGUGGGUGCAUAGCAACUUCUGUUGUAUUUUCAAACAUUUUUAGCUGGCCAACAUCUUUGCUAAGGCCGCAUACUCGACAGGGUGGAUGGUUACAUUUUCACAGAAUCACAGGUGCACUUGCAUACUCUUAUGUCAAAACCAUCUUACCACUUUAUGGUGUUUGAAAAUAUUUUGAUCAGGAAUGCACAAAAUAGCAAAGAAAAAUCUCUAGGUUAUAGUGUACGCGCAUUUUUUGUUUUUUAUAGGUAAAUAGAGAUAUUGCAUUAAU